AAUCAUUUAUGUUGCAUAUGCUUUAAAGAAAGCAGGUUAUUUUUUAAAGCUAGGUGCACCCCUUCCUCUCUGGGCUGUCCCAGAGCAGCAGGUGGUUGUCUGGUGGUUCUUGUGUGUUAGGGUCCUCUCCCUCCACACUUCUGACACCCGCCCCCUUCUUGGCGCCAGCAUUUUCUCACCGGUUACCCAUGUGCUCUGGUGUGUGACCUCAUUUCCUAUGGAACGAAAGGUUUCUGUAGGAAAACAGGGCGCUGGGUGAGACGGGCCCUGCAAGCCCCCUUGCCUGGCAAGAGUAUCUAUCCCCUGUCAGAGCAGUGACUCAUGCAUGCUUCAGGGAACAGCAGCUGACCAGAAUGAUCAAGAGCCUGGUGCCUGGGUGGUCACUGCCAAGCGAAGAACACGGGGGAGGAGGAAAGGAAAAAGUGAGGAGGGAGGGUUUAAAAACCACUCAUUGGCCUCCGGAGGGUGGGGCAUAAAAGGACCCAAGGAGCGCUGGCUGUUUGGACUACGGUAGGACCAGCAGGGAGAGACCGGUGGGUGUCAGGCCUGGUUGGUCUCCAUCGGUGUUCACAGCCCCUGUUCCUCUCCGACCACAGAGUAGGCCCUGCGGCAGUGGCCCCAUACCCAGGACUUGUUCCUGGCACCCUGCAUUCCUGGCAAUGAUCUGCCCCAGGCUCAAGCCUUAGGCGGGUGUGCCUCUCAAGCCUGUGCUUUGGUCUCACUGCCCCCAAAAGAGGCUGUCACUGAGUGGGGGAGUUUGGAGUCUGCCACCGGUUCCCCCAGAAAGCCAAGCUUCCGGUCUUCGCACCAGGUGGGGAAGGCAGACUGGUGUCUGCUCACUUCCCCAAGACAGGCCCCUAUUGGUACAGGCCAUCUGUCUCCACCUGUUUCAGGAUGUUCCAUAGGUUCCACCAGUCUUUGAGGCUGAAGAAAAGCCAGCGUCCCCUGAGUGAUGAUGGGAGGGUGCUGUAAAAAUCUGCAUCUCCUGCCAUCUCUUCCUGUGGGUUUGCCCAAGGGUAGUCAUUUGGUGAGCGUUUUCCCUUGGUCAGAGUUUUAAAGGACCUUGCCUUCCUCCAGAGAGUGGAAGGAACAAACAUUGCAGGUGCACGGGCUUGUUUUCUAAGAGGUUUGACAUCAGAGAUGUGCUCACACAGGGGCCUGGGGCCUGAUAAAGAUCCACAUUGAGGCAGAGUCACUUGUAGUGGCUGAGGUCGCGGUUGCCCAGAGACAACUAUGGCUGCAUUAGCACUAACCACCAGUAAGAGGCCCAUCAGCAAAUGCCACCGCAGGGGAUGUGCAUGCAGUUAAUAAACCAAAUCCUGAAAGUCUCAAAUGCGCAGAAUCUUGAGUUCCAAGGAGAUGUGGUAGAGAGCAGACCUUUCUCAAUCUGAGUCAAAGGAAACCGGAGAUGAGGUGACCAGCAGCAAGCUACGGUCUAUGCUUGAAGUAGCAGCGACCUAGGUGUUUGAUGCUAACCCUGAGGGCAAAAGCUGAUCUUUCUGGGUUAAUCAACAAACAUUUUUUUGGCCAUUUACCCUGUGCCAGGCCCUUUGCUGGAUUCUGGGAAUUCAGCAGGAAAGAAGUCUGACACAUUGGCCGCCCUCUAGUGAGGAGGCACUUUGAGUAAACAAUUGCAGUGUGAUGUCAUAAGAGCUGCAACAGUGGGGCACAGUCAGGCCACAGGCAGUAACAGUGUAAAGGGAAUAACACCUAAGUCGACCAAGAAUUAGAAGAGGGUGGCAUCAGUGGGGAUGGAAAAGCAAUGGAUGGAUUUGGAAGAUGGAAUCAGCAAAACUUGGCCAAGCGGGCAGUGCAGCGGGGAGCCACUGCCGUCAUCUUUGAUGUAUCAGAAAACCCAGAAGCUAUUGACCAGCUAAACCAGGGCUCAGAAGACCCACUCAAGAGGCCGGUGGUGUACGUGAAGGGUGCAGAUGCCAUCAAGCUGAUGAACAUCGUCAACAAGCAGAAAGUAGCUCGAGCAAGGAUUCAGCACCGCCCGCCUCGACAACCCACCGAGUACUUCGACAUGGGGAUUUUCUUGGCGUUCUUCGUCGUGGUCUCCUUGGUCUGCCUCAUCCUCCUUGUCAAAAUCAAGCUGAAGCAGCGGCGCAGUCAGAAUUCCAUGAACAGGCUGGCCGUACAGGCUCUGGAGAAGAUGGAAACCAGAAAGUUCAACUCCAAGAGCAAGGGGCGCCGGGAGGGCAGCUGCGGGGCCCUGGACACGCUCAGCAGCAGCUCCACGUCCGACUGCGCCAUCUGCCUGGAGAAGUACAUCGACGGAGAGGAGCUGCGGGUUAUCCCCUGUACUCACCGCUUUCACCGGAAGUGCGUGGACCCGUGGCUGCUGCAGCACCACACCUGCCCCCACUGUCGGCAUAACAUCAUAGAACAAAAGGGAAACCCGAGCACUGUGUGUGUGGAGACCAGCAACCUUGCGCGCAGCCGGCAGCAGAGGGUGAUCCUGCCGGUGCACUACCCCGGCCGCGUGCACAGGACCAAUGCCAUCCCGGCCUACCCUACCAGGACAAGCAUGGACUCCCACGGGAACCCCGUCACGCUGCUGACUGUGGACCGGCACGGGGAGCAGAGCCUCUAUUCCCCACAGACCCCCACCUACAUCCGCGGCUACCCGCCCCUGCACCUGGACCACACCCUGGCCCCUCACCGCUGCGGCCUGGAGCACCGGGCCUACUCACCAGCUCACCCCUUCCGCAGGCCCAAGUUCAGCGGCCGCAGCUUCUCCAAGGCAGCUUGCUUCUCCCAGUAUGAGACCAUGUACCAACACUACUACUUCCAGGGCCUCAGCUACCCAGAGCAGGAGGGCCAGGCUCCCCCGGGCCUCUCUCCCAGGGGCCCGACCCGCGCCUUCCCCCCGAGUGGCGGUGGCGGCGGUGGCGGCGGCCUGCUGUUCCCCACCGUGGUGCACAUGGCCCCGCCCUCCCACCUGGAGAGCGGCAGCACGUCCAGCUUCAGCUGCUACCACGGCCACCGCUCAGUGUGCAGCGGCUACCUGGCCGACUGCCCGGGCAGCGACAGCAGCAGCAGCAGCAGCAGCUCCGGCCAGUGCCACUGCUCCUCCAGCGACUCCGUGGUGGACUGCACCGAGGUCAGCAACCAGGGCGUGUACGGGAGCUGCUCGACCUUCCGCAGCUCCCUCAGCAGCGACUAUGACCCCUUCAUCUACCGCAGCCGGAGCCCCUGUCGCACCAGCGACGUGGGGGGUUCCGGUGGCUCAGGCCGGGGGCCUGUCGUGUGCCUUGAGGGCUCCCCGCCUCCAGAGGAGCUCCCAGCAGCCCACGGUCAAGGUGUGGGGCGGGGAGAGCCUUGGCCCAGCCCUGCCUCUCCCUCGGGGGACCAGCUGUCCACCUGUAGCCUGGAGAUGAACUACAGCAGCAACUCCUCCCUGGAGCACAGGGGGCCCGCCAGCUCUACCUCAGAAGUGGGGCUCGAGCCUUCUCCCGGGGCUGCCCCGGAUCUCAGGAGGACCUGGAAGGGGGGCCGCGAGGGGCUGUCGUGUGCCUGCUGCUGCGAGCCCCAGCCCGCCACGCUGGAGCCCAGUGCAGGAGUGGCCGGGGGCAGCACGCUGUUCCUGGGUCUCCCGCCCUGUGAGGCCUGUGGCACCACGGGUGGGGAGUCACAGCCGGGAAGCUCCCAGGGCCUGUACGGUCUUCACCCAGACCAUUUGGCCAGGACAGAUGGGGUGAAAUAUGAGGGCCUGCCCUGCUGCUUCUAUGAAGAGAAGCAGGUGGCCCAUGGUGGCGGAGGGGGCAGCGGCUGCUACACUGAGGACUGCUCCGUGAGCGUGCAGUACACGCUCGCCCAGGAGGCCCCGCCCAACUGCCACCCAGGGGCCCGGGACCUGAGCCAGCGCAUCCCCAUCAUUCCGGAGGAUGUGGACUGUGACUUAGGCCUGCCCUCAGACUGCCAAGGGACCCGUGGCCUCAGCCCCUGGGGUGGGACCCUGGGCCCGGAUGCCCUGCGGCCCCACAGAAGCUUGGGAGCAGCCCAGGAAGAAGAGCCGGUUCUCUGCUGCCAGGCCAGGGCACCGCUCUCGCCCGGCUGCCCUCUGGAGGGUGCAGAGGCCACCAGGGCCAGCUUCCCCGGUACCCCCCAGGACACUCAGGAGUCCAGCGCCACAGCCACUGAGGCUGCAGGACAGAGAUCUCGCCCAGCAGACGGCGGCACGGGAGCCUGAGCUCAGAAGGAAUUCUGGAAAUGGGGACUAUAUGGAGACUCCAAGCUCUGACUUCCUUCAGGAAAGAAAAAAAAAGAAAAAAAAAAGAUUUUUUUUAGCUUUGACAAACACACAAAAGUGGUAAUAAAGAGAGCCCUCCUUCUCAACCCAAAAUGUGAGCCACCUGUGGCAAACCGCCCCCAUCCCCACCCCCCAUUAACAAACCAACAGACAAAAUUCUCUGAGUCUUUUGCCUCUUUUGAUAACAUGGUAUUCUGUUUUGUAAAGUGUGUGUGCUUGGGGUUCUGAGGUGUGUGGGAUUGAGUUCUCUGCUUUGUUUUUUUUUUAAGAUAUUAUAUGUAAAUGUAAAGUUAUUUAAAUAUAUAUUUUAAAGAACCCUAACCACCAACUUUUGCUGAAAAAAAAAAAAAAAAAAUCACUGCUGCAUUAAUUGAACCACAUCAUGUGUAGAUACUGUUGUCUCCCCGGAGGGGGCUCAGGCCUUUGAAAAGCUCAGGGCUACACCUGCCUUAGAAAAUGAACCAGAAACUUGAAGUAAAGCUAGUUGAUAUGGGUACAGACUCUGAGGAACAAUGCAAUGCUGCCUCUUUCUUUCUUGUGGCAAAUCCCAACGUGCAAAGUUUCGGGUCUUCUCAGAAGCCAUGCCUCUCCAGCCCACACCUUUAGGCAGCUGAUGGAAACAGCUAGGAACAGGGCGGAAGGUCUGCAGCACUGAGGAGCUGGGACAAGCCAUUGCUACACAAAGCCCCAGGGUGACAGGGACAAUUCAGCCCAGUGUCCUCUAAGUCUGUCCCUUUGGAUCAGCGUCUUAGAUAAAAGGACAGAGUUCACAGUCCUGAACUUGGGCUUCCUGCUACUGGCUGCAGAAAUGGUUCGAAGGGGGGUGUGGGGACAAACACCCGGGAGGAAUGUAGUUUUGCGGCCUUGGUGUCUAGGGAGCAGAGAGUGUCCCGGAGAAGGGACGGAGGGCGCUGGAGUGUGCCUGCAGGGGGUGCACAGCCAGCAUCCUUGGGCUGCCUUCCUGGGGAUCCCACGGGGUCAGCACCGAGCUCCGUUUGAAUGAUACGUUUCCCAUCCCAUUUCCCUCUGGAAGCUCGCUUCAGGGUCUUUCAGCCCAUUGCCUCACGGCUGAAAUUGCUCAUCUCACCUGCAAAUGUCUACUAUGCUUUCUACCUAAUGCACUAUUAUGUAUUGAUUCUCCAGGAGACAGAGAAAGAGACUAUCAGAUAGUUUAGACCCAAAGGGUAGGCCUUUGUAUCUUUUUCCAGCCUUUUGCUGUUCUUGUUUUUAAGAGGAAGGGAGAGUUUUAAAACCCAAACCAUUUUUUUUUUUAAAAGAUGUUUCCACUUUUAAAAGGGAGAAUCUAUUUAAAGCUAUUUCAGAUCAGGGAUUGUCAUCCUUUUUGUCCAAUCAAUGUACUUCCUGUUCUUAAGAAAGUUUUUUUUAGAAGAAACUAAUCACAUUAGCCCUUGUGUUCACUAACUCCUCUGGUCACUUUGAUUCAUUUGUCAUCUGAAAUGCUCAUUUGCGGAAUAGGAACCUCACAGCCUACCCCCCCCUCCCCCGCUGCCCUCCUAGUGGGGAAAUAGAGACCACCCUGGGUUGCCAUCAUCGGUAAUGUAAGGCUCAGGGGAAGUCAGCCCAAAGUCCAGAUGAGAAUGUUUUGACUGAGAGUCUCACUGUAUCCCAAGCCUUUUUGCUUUUCUUUUUUUUUUUUUUUUUUUAACCCAGCCUGUGAUGAGGACAUUUACCUACUUGUAGCCAGAUUUUGACAGAAAUUCCAACAUCAACUGAUGGGGCCAUUUGCCAUUUAGGAACUCACCAUGGUGAGAUGUGUCCUCCAGUCCCUGAGGUACAGUCCCUUGGGGGCUGCUCCCCCCACCCCGGGCUGAUGCCCAGCACACCUGUUGGCGAGGGUGUGGGAAGCGCCUAAGCUGUUGACAUGUGAUCCCGGCCGCCUUUAUUUCUCCGGCCAGGAGUAGCAGCUGCUGGGGACAACAGCUUGCAUCACGUGGUUUUAGGGGAAGGAUGGGGGGCAUGGCUUCUAACAUGGGUUGCAAAAACCAGCUUCUCAUUGUUGAGAUUUUCUUGUUGUUGUUUGUGGUUUUGUUUUUUGUUUUGUUUUUAAUGCCUUUGAGUGCAUACUCUUUGAAACCAUAGCCCCAAAGUGGCUUUCUUUAGCCCUGCUUGGAAAACUACUCCUCAACAGCCUUAAGCAAUAAAUAGAUGAGUAGAUAAUGUGGCUUCAAUGGGGCUUAUUAACAUAAAUGUGUCUGAUUUUCAUUUGAAAGAGCAAUAAUAAUUACAGAUGGCAAAAAGAAACAUUUAAUUGCUAUAGUUUACAGGGUAGUAGAAACAGGAAAAUGAAAUGUUAAAACUUUAAGUAUCAGCCAUUGUCUUAAAUUUGUGUUGGCCCACCAGACAAGGAGGUCACCAGAAUGUAGUGGUAACCCAAGUAUAUUGCCUAGGCAUUCAAAUGGAAAGGAAUGUCUUCUUCGAAGUUAUAAGACUCCAAUAAUAAUGACAAGUACCUUUGUCGGUGGCCUCUCAGUGGUGUGCUGGGGUCAUAUAGCCUUGGAAACUGGGAGCAUCACAUUUUCCAUUGAGAACCGCCCCCCUCCCCACCCCAAGCCGAAGUCCCCUGGCCCAGCCCUGGGUAUGGGACAGACAGACAUGUAAACUGAAGAGUGUUGGAACCAGUUAAAAAUGGUCUUCUGAUCAACAAGGUACCUCUUUGUGAUAGGACACAGCCUCAAUAUGCUGGCUCUGACUCAGUCUCUCCCGCCUCUGUUGAACCCAAGCCAUUUUAUAAAGCCCAAUCUGCUGUCCCACCGCUCAGACCCUCCUCCCUUACGUGCUGCUAGUUUCUACUCAAAGCUCAUGCAUGACUAAUGCUUUUUAAAUGAGGUCUAAAAAAUAAUUACUAAUCAAGAGUAUUAUUUUUUAAACAGACCUUUUUCUAUUCUUUAUAUAAACUCUAUUGUGUUGGUCUAACAAGACACUAUUUUUAAAAAAAAAUUUUUUUUACCUUCUCCCAUAGCACUUAAAAGAUAUUUUGUAAAGACUUUGCUGUAAAGAUUUUGUAAUAAAAUGGUCUAAGGGCUCCUUCUCCAACAUUACCAUUUUUUAAAAUGUUUUAAAGGCUAGAAAACAACGUAUGUAUAUUCUGUAUAUGUAUAGCAGCACAUUUCAUUUAUGGAAAUAUGUUCUCAGAAUAUUUAUUUACUAAUAUAUUUAUCUUAAGCCAUGUCUUAUGUGGAGAGUGUGACAUUGUUGGCAUAAUCAUUGAAAAUGACUAACAUGAGGCCCUGUAAAUACAUGAUAAUUGCACACAGAUUUUACAUAUUUGCCGACCAAAAAUGAUUUAAAACAAGUUGUAGUCUUCUAUGGUUUUGUAACAAAUUGUACAAAUGACUGUAAAAAAAAAAAAUACAAUUUUAUCAAGUACGUGUUA